AUGGGUAAAUACGUACAGGCUCAACGUAAGGGUAAGUCGCCCAUCUUUAAGGCGCACGUCAGAACUCGCAAGGGUGCUGUCAAGCUUCGUGCCUUGGAUUAUGCGGAAAAGCAAGGAUACAUUCGCGGUGUCAUCAAGGAAAUCCUUCAUGACCCUGGUCGAGGUGCUCCCGUCGCCAAGGUUCAAUUCUUGAAUGCUUACAGAUACCAAAGAGACACGGAAACCUUUGUCUGUACCGAAGGUAUGUACACUGGACAAUUUGUGUACUGCGGAAAGAAGGCUACCUUGAAUGUUGGAAAUGUCCUUCCUUUGAACAUGGUCCCUGAGGGAACCAUUGUCUGCAAUAUCGAGACUGCUCGUGGAGACCGUGGUGCCUUUGCCCGAUGCUCCGGAACCUUUGCCAUUGUUGUCACCCACGACGAGGACAAGGGAACCACCCGUCUGCGUCUGCCUUCUGGUGGUAAGAAGACUGUUCCUUCUACCGUCCGAGCCCAAAUUGGUAUCGUUGCCGGAGGAGGCCGAACUGAUAAGCCCUUGCUCAAGGCUGGACGUGCGUACCACAAGUACGCCGUCAAGCGCAACUGCUGGCCUAAGAUUCGUGGUGUUGCUAAGAAUCCAGUAGAGCAUCCCUUUGGUGGAGGUAAUCACCAGCACAUUGGUAAGCCUUCCACCGUUGGACAAGCACGUCCCGCAGGUCGUAAGGUUGGUCUUAUCGGAGCCCGCCGAACUGGUCGUCUUCGUGGUGUCAAGAAGACAGCUCAAGACAAGGACUAA